CUCAUUGCCAGCUAUGACAUUGGCAUCAUCUCGGGUGCUCUGUUGCAGUUGGAUGAAAAAUACACGCUGACCGAUCUCCAAGAGGAACUCGUUGUCAGCCUCAUGCUGGUUGGCGCCAUCAUAGCCUCGCUUGUUGGUGGCUUUAUCGUCGAUUGGGGCGGCCGGCGCACUGUGAUCGUUGUGAACGCGGCCGUAUUUGCCCUCGGAGCCAUCAUCUUGGCCGCUUCAAACAAUCUUGGAACUCUGUACUUUGGUCGAGUGGUUGUCGGUUUUGCUGUGAGCCUGAGUGCCGUCUCCGAGGUGAUCUACAUCAGUGAGAUUGCGCCUGCUCAAUCACGGGGAGCUCUCGUGAGCUUGAACGAAAUGGGCAUCACGCUUGGCAUUCUCGUUAGCUACAUUAUCAACUACGCCCUCAUUGAUACCCGAGAGGGAUGGCGGUACAUGUUCGGUAUCAGCAUUGUGCCGGCAAUCAUUCAAGGCGUGGGCAUGCUCUUUCUCCCCCGCUCGCCGCGUUGGCUGUUGCUAAGGGGUCACCGAGAAGAAGUACGUGGCGUGCCAACUUCACUGUGCGUCAUCUUCUUCCACGUGCCCACUGCACAGAUCAUCGAGACGGCAAACGAACAGCAAAGCAAGGUCUCACUGAGCGCGCUGCUCACCGACCCCAUCUUGCGCAAGUGCCUCUUGAUCGGUUGUGCUCUCACCCUGCUCCAGCAGUUUACAGGUCAACCGACAGUGCUAUACUACGGCUCUACCCUCUUCAAGGCCGCCGGUUUUGCCUCAGACCGUGCUGCAACGCUGGCUAACAUGAUCAUUGGCAUCGUCAAGGUACUCGCCACGGCCGUGGCACUGGUCAAGGUUGACCGGCUAGGGAUUGGGGAACAGGCCGAAUAUGAUUCACCGGCCGUGAAAUGGACCUCGCUUCUGUGCAUGCUGGUAUUUGUCAUUGCAUAUGCAUUCAGCUAUGGUCCUGUUUCUUGGCUGGUAUUAUCCGAGCUGUUUCCAGAUGACGUGCGCGGUCGCGCCGUGUCCAUCGCCACCGUGUUCAACUGGCUGGGCAAUCUUCUCGUGUCCCUCACCUUUCUGAGCCUCAUGGACGGCAUUGGUUUCUCGGGCACUUUUUUCUUGUAUGCGGCGAUUGGUGUGCUGGCCUUUUUCUUUGUGCUUGUUGUUGUCCCAGAAACCAAAGGCAAGUCGCUUGAAGAAGUGCAAGAGAUGAUGCGUGUGCGUGGUGUGGGGCUGGACGGUACGUGA